GUGACCUUUACCGAACAAAGGGUCCCAAGUGUAUUGAAAUGCUCGAUCAAUUUCCUACGGCGCUCUUGCGCUACGGAGCGACAUGAAAGGUAGCUUUGAACUCACCAUUCACUGUCUUUUCCCCGAAAUCCUGGCACUGAUUUUUAGUUAUUUGGACGUCAGAGACAAGGGUAGAGUCGUUCAGGUUUGUAAGAAAUGGAGGGAAGCAGGAUAUAAUCGUCUUGUGUGGAGAGGUGUUCAGGCAAGGCUACAACUGAGAAGGUCAAAUCCGUACUUAUUUCCCUCACUCGCCAAGCGUGGUAUUAGGAAAAUCCGUAUCUUGAGUUUGAAAAAGAGUCUCAGCUAUGUUGUGCAGAACUUGCCAAAUAUCGAGAAACUUAAUCUGAAGGGAUGUUUCAACGUGACGGACAGUGGCAUAGGACAUGCUUUCACCAAAUGUCUUCCCUCCCUGACAGUGCUAGAUUUGAGUUUGUGCAAACAGAUCACGGAUACUAGUCUAGGAAAGAUUGCUGAAUUUCUUCAGAAUCUUGAAUUGUUGGACCUUGCUGGAUGCUGUAAUAUAACAAACACUGGACUGCUACUUUGUUCUUGGGGAUUACCAAAGCUACGAUACCUUAACUUACGGAGUUGUCGGCAUAUAUCUGAUGCAGGUAUACUUCAUCUUACCGGCCUCUCAAACAACAGCAAAGGCCUCGGCAACAAGAGUUUAACAACUUUAUGUUUACAGGACUGUCAAAAGAUCACUGAUAACGCUCUGAGGCAUAUUUCCAAGGGGCUAUCAAACCUAGAAUGUUUAAAUCUGAGUUUUUGUGGCAGUAUAAGUGAAGCUGGUCUGUCGCAUUUAGCAAGUAUUCGAAGCCUUCGUGAACUUAAUCUUCGAUCAUGCGAGGGAGUAAACGACGAAGGCAUCGCUCAUCUUGCAGUUGGAGGGCUUAAUUUAGUGUCUUUAGACGUGAGUUUCUGUGAUAAAAUAACUGAUAAUGCCCUCAACCAUAUAUCUAAUGGACUACAUCAUCUACAGAAUUUGGGACUUAAUUCUUCUAGGAUAACAGAUGAUGGACUGUGUACGAUUACCAGACAUCUUCGAGAACUGCGUGUGUUGAAUAUUGGACAAUGUACUCAAAUUACUGACCAAGCUAUAGAAUCUAUAGCUCUGUAUUUAACGUCUAUUACCAGCAUUGAUCUUUAUGGAUGUACGAAAGUUACGAAAUGUGGCUUGGAGAAACUCAUGGGUCUUCCUAAAUUAAGAGUACUGAAUCUUGGUCUUUGGCAAAAGUAAUUUUUAGUUAUGAGAGUAAUAUUGCUAGUCCUUUCUUGAUGUUAAGAAAUACACGUGUUGAGUGUACAAAACAAAAAGAAGAGAAAAUCGAUAUUAUUUUUUUGAUUUAUUUUUGCGAGCUUAGACAAAUAAAAGAUGAAAAAUUAAUCAAGACCAUGCCCAGGCCCAGCAAACGAAAAAGGUCAAGUUCCAGUGAAAUGGCAACUUGAAAGUACAUUUUUAUUGGCAUCUGAAUUAAUACUAUCAUCACCACAUCAUGAUAAUCAACUUUUUUAAGAGCAUAAAUCAUUAGGAUAAGAAUUCUUAAAUUCAUCAAGUCAAAGGAAGGCUAGCAUAACGAUUAGACCCUAGAAAGCCAAGCAACUGCUUGAGUGUGACACUGAAAUGGUUGCCCUUUUUGUAACACAAUUACAAACAGAAAAAAAGUUUCAAUUUAACUUUAGUUACAGUUAACUGUAUAAUUAUUAAGUCAUGUAGGUUCUUGGUCUACUGUGCAAAUUGGAUAUUAGCCAGUUUGUUUUUAAUAACUUUUUUCAUAUUAUGGAUCGAAGGUAUGCUUUUCUUAAUCAUCUAACUUGUCUCAGCCAUCAAAUAUUAUUUUUUGAGGGGUAUAUUAAUUAGGUAGUCUUUUAUAACCAUUUGAAAUGGUUUAAAAUCAAAAGUACUUUCUAUCGAAAAAUUAAAAAAAUAGGUCUGAUUGUUAAACACUCUUUUUUCCAUUUCCUGUGAAAACACUUCAAUCUCAAACUGCUAAAAGUGUUCAUAUUGUUGUAGAUGUCUGCUUGCUAACAGCUAAAAUCAUUUCCUGGAUGCUUUGUUCAUUUUCUACAUUUAUUUGAAUGGUUUUGGGUAAUAGAUCAGCUGAUUCCCCACAAAUUGACCCUAUGGGUAUUGAAAUUAUUAUCUUAAAGGUACUUAUUUCCACCAAAUAGGAAACUAGAAGUCGAAGUCUUGGUUUAAUUGGCACUGCUUUUAGAUUUUGCAUUAGGUAUAACUAAUGUAUCUAAAUUAGAUAUCUAAAUUAGAUAUCUAAAUUAGAUAUCUGUUUAUAGUUAAGACCCUAGCAGGCAGGAAAUAUAAAAUAAUGUAUCAGGCUGCUCUGUGCUAUAUAUAAGAUGUUACUAAUACUUUAUAGUAAUUAAUUGGUAUUAUAGAAUAACCUGCAUGGAAAUAACCGUUAUUCUACUUGCUAGCUUCAAUUUUAAGCUCAUAUGAAUCAAUCUGCAUGAGCAGAUGCUGAAAAAUUAUGGUAAAAAUGGAAUAAUAUUUUAAUUAUAUACAAGAAUCUAUUUUACUGGAUAGAAAAUGUGCAGUAUGUGCUGCAUACUUAUAUUUUUAAUAAUUGAAGAUUAAUUUCUAACAUGUAGAGUGAAGUCAUUAAACCCAUGAAAUAGAUGUUAGACUAAUACACAUUAGUAGCCGUCAUUCCAUUGUCUUCUUUUGUGUCUAUUUGACUAUUACAUGUUAAUAAGUAUUUUUUUUAUUAUUUCAUGGGCUAAAUGGCUUUUGCUCUGGUUCACUUCAUUCAGGAGUUUUUUAUACUAUAAAUAUUAUAUACAGUGCAGUAUUAGUCUAAAUUAAGAUGUUGAGGUUUAUUACUCUAUCUGCAAAAACCAAAUAAUAAAAUUCAUACUUCAAAGAUAAUUUUCGAUAUAGUUUCUUAAUAGAUCUUUUCCAAGAUGGGAGAGCUAUUAAAAAGUAUUUGGCAAGAUCUCAUGCGCACAUUGGAAAGCACAUACAAAACUUUAAAAAUAGGUUAAUGAAGGUAUACUUUGAAGUUUCUUUUAGUUCAGUAGCAUGAUUAUUACUUUUUGAAAAAUUAUAGUUCACUUCAGACAAAGUCUUUUCUUCAAGUGUCGUAGAAAUGGUUUUCAAAGGUUCCUUAAGAACACUGCAUGAAAAUGCCUUGAUUUGAUGUCUGUGCCUGUGAGAUUUAUGAAAACGUUCACGCAUCUUGGAAAUCUUCUAUUAGAAUUGAUCUGUAUUGGUAUCGAACAACACCGUGGUACAAUAGCAGAUACGCAGUUGCCAGUGGCUUAGUCUGUUUUGUAUUGCAUUGAUCCAUUAGCUUUCCUGGGUUCACAAGGCUCUCUUGCUUUAGUGGUUCCCAGUCAUAGUUUUCAUUUAAGCUACAACCAGGAAACAAUGGAGCAAGAUAGCCUCCAUAACCUUGGGUACCCAUAAGUGUCACUUAAAUGACUUAAAAAAACUAAGGAAUAUUUGACAGUGGACUCAAUAGCUGUUUCAUCCAUUUCUUACCACAACAUUUUUAGGCAUUUUUUGACGCYACCGAGCAUGACAGGGCAGAAAAAUGGGUUCUACUUUCAACGUUUAUGCCUUAAUAAGCUUUGUAUUUCAUAAACAGGCUCUUUGGGGCUGAUUAACAAAAUACCAAAAUUUGGGGAAAUUCAAGCAAGGCGUUUUUGAGAUAAAACGCCCUGAACGUUGGGAGAGAUUAAAUUUUUUUUCAGCACAAAAACUAACAUUUUUCACUAAUACCUCGAAGUAGAAUUGCUCCAGGUUAGCAGAAUUUUGUAAAAAGUUUAAAGCACAAGAGACACAAAUGAAGCAUGAAUGAAAGUAGCAGCCUUGUCAUUUUUCUGCUCUGUCACCAAGCAUUGUGUAGAGUAGAUGAACAAGUAUUCAUGCAUAGUUACCAAAAAUCAAAAAGUGAAAUUAUUAAUCUUUGAAAUACAAUGCAGUAAAGCAUGUCUUCUUGUGAUAAAAUGUUUUUUAAUCUUAUAUGACCUUAAAAGGCAAAAUUUAUUAGACUGGACUUGCAUGGUGGGGAUGAUGAAAUGGAAAAAAGGAAAUUUGCCAUUCUGCAGUUGUCCUCCUUAGACAGUACAAGCAUGAACACUAGUGCUUGUUAUGGUAUAAAAAAUAUAUAGUGCCAACAUAAGGCUAGAAAAAAAUAUUUAGGUAGUGAUUGAUUUGGUGUGGUAUCACUAAUUUACUACAAGUGCUGGCAUAUUAUAAUGUUUCAAAAUGAGAUUGUUACUAUUAUUUUUGAUUUAAACAUAUUUACUCUAAACAUUAACCCCAAGAGCAAAAGUGAAGAAGAAAUUCAUAUUAAACGAGAAAAUUCACAGAUUCUUCAAACUUUUCAGUGGUCACUAUUUGCCCAAGAGGGGUGGAAAGCAAAGGACACCCUGCCAGCAGUAACAUAACUGUUAAUUUUUUACUCACUUUUCUACGUUUUCAUGAAUGUUCUUUCUGAUUUGUACAAAAAGGUAGUUAUGCUUGAAGUAUACUAUAAGGUCCACUUGACCUUCAAAACAAGAGGCUGUGGUAAUUUGUGGCUUGGCCAGGUCAAGUUUGACAAAAGCACUUCCGGUUAAGACCCAAUGGAAAGUGCACUGAACUACGGGUGUGAGAACAGCUUCAUCGGUACUAGAGGCAGUGUUACUGACGAACUAAUGCGUGGGAAAGGUAGAUAGAGGAUGAACAUUCUUCGAAUACGUUGUUCUUUGUAUAGCAGAGGCCACUUCUGUUUUGGUUCUAAGUACGAGGUGAACUAAAACAACUUCCGUUUUAGUUUCGCUAAAGUAGAAGUAAAAGUGCAUGCAAAGUGUUGCGGCUGUGAAAACAAAGCCUUGGUACGUUAUUGACGAACUCACUACGUGUGAAAGGUGAAAGCGAAUCCAUUGCCUUGCAGCGCCAGGGAGGAUCAUCGAGUACUAGCGCACGUGAAACGGGAAUACAGGAUGAAAACGUUGAAAUGCGAUGUUCGUUGUUUAGCCAGGUCAAGUUUAACAAAACCACUUCCGUUUCGGUCCUAAGAAAAGGUAAAAGUGCAUGGAAUGUGCUACGGUUUUGUUUAUUAAAGCCAACAGGUGCAUGUGAAACGUGUAUUCGGAAUGAAACGCUGGAGUGCGGUUUUCAACCCAAAAAGAGAUCGUCGCUCUUUUCAGUCUUAGUGCCUUUUUAAUUUUUCAAAAAUCAUCUCACGCAGUGACUUUUCUUAACUUUUUAAGACCAUCUAAGUGCUUUGAUACUUUUAAAGACUAAUCGUGCCUUUUUGACGGUUCUAACUUAAGCCCCGUUUACACCCCGUUUUUUUUUUUUGUGAUUUUGUCCAUAAUAAAUAAUGGCAAAGAACUUACUUGUAAAGUUUUUUUUCAGGAUACCAAGAUUUUCCUAGACGAAUGUCUCUUUUGUAGGAUGAGACAAAAGAUUUCAUAUUUCCGAAAAUUGCCACAAAAAUUGCAGCAAAAUUCGCCGCAAAAAUCGCCAGUGUAAACGGGGCUUUAGAAACAUCGCAUUGCUUUUUCAGUUACUUCAAGUAUCUUUAAAACAACCUUCGUAGUCUCUGUAUCUUUCUACGGGUUUUUUAAAAACCAUCUCAGAGGAUUUUUAUUUAUUUACAUUUUUUAGUGAUACUGACUUUACAGGUCUAUAGGCCCUAAGCUACAAAUAAGUGUUUUACGAGAUAGCUGGAAAACUAUAACUUAGACUAGAACAGUACAUAAAAAAUAAAAGACUUUACCUUA